AUGUCCUAAAUUUAAAGCAUUACAUGCUUGAGUUUAGAUUUAUUCGAGUCGUCUUCUUGCUUCUAAAUAUAAAAUUUAGGAGGAAAUUAAGUUUCUAUAACAAGCAUUGUAUACAUAGAUGGUACCACUUUAAUUAGUGUUAGUGAUUCUCAAGGGUAUAGUUACUUUUACGAUAUUUUUAAUGGAGGUAUUUAUCUGACCACAACAACUGCUAAUGCGCCUAUCCUUGGAUAAAUUUUUUAUCCAAAUUUUAUCAGAGCAACCUUAACUUAAAAAAAGCUUUCUAUUGUAGAUUUAAUUUAGAAAUAAGAGAUUUUAGGAAUACAGAAUAAAGGAUAAAAUACAAUGUUUCUGUCAUUAAUUAGUGCUGAUUUAAGUAGAACUAAAUAAGAAUAAUUAUAAAGAGGAUCAUAAAGUUCUUCUUCAUUAAUUAUUAUAAAUAAUAAAAUUACAUAGACAAUACAAAUAAAACCUUCUUCUCUAGAUAAUAAUUUCUAUCCUCCUUCAGAUAAUUAUGACUAUUUAAUUUAAGUACAAGGUCUUUCAGCAUAAUAACAAGGAAUUUUUGGAGCACUUUCUUAGAAUUCUAUUAAUUAAUAUUAAAUUAUUGAAGAUUAUUAAGUCAAUCCCAAUUAAAAUUUCUCUCAGAUCAUACAUGGAGGAAGGGCAUCAUUAAUUAUAGCUCUUAAUUCUGGUUUUUACUCUAGCAUAUAUUCUUAUCUAAUCAAUUUAUCCAUAUUGAAUUAACAAAAGCCCUUAGAUUAUGUAUCCCCAAUAGUUUUACCUGCAUCUGUAAACGCAUUUUAAUUAAUGAAUUCCACUAACUAUCUUUUAAUUUCAUAUGGAGCAGCUACUAAUUUUUAGUAGGUUUAAGUAUAAUUAUAAGCAUUUGCAUAAACAUUAAAAUAAGGUUAAGGUUAAGGAUAAGGUUAAAAAGGAGGAGGAGUAGGUGGCGGUAGUAUAGUAACUUAAGUUAGUUCUCCAUUACCUUUGUAUUAAAAUAGUUUAUGUGUUUAUGAUUUUGGAAAAGUCACAAAUUUGGCAGGAUCGAGCUAUGGAGUUGAUACAUUAUCUGUUUUAAGUACUCCAAUAGUUUGUAAAGAUAUGGGUACAAACAAUAUACUGAGCAUAUAAAAUAUCUAUAUGGAUAAUAAAAAUUAUGUGAUUUUCUCUUUAGAAUCCUAAUCUAUAAUUAUUUUUGAAAAUAAUGAUUUGAUUAAUUCAAAAUUUUCAAUUUCAAUUGCUAAUAUGAUUAAUGUUUCUUAAUAAAAUAAUGGUAGUAUCUUGAUUAUGCUAUUAAUUCCUAAUACAUCUGUUUUAAUAAUUGGCACAUCAUAAGGAUUAGUUGCAUCUUAUGAUAUUUAAGAUCCUAACUUGAUUUCCCAAUCUACUUAACAGCAAUCUUAAAAUAAAUAAAUCUCACCUCUUUUUAGUAAAAUUGGAAUAGGGCUGAAUGGAUAAACUAUAGGAGAUUUGUUGUUUGAUAAUGUUUCGUAAACUUUAAUAGGUAUAUCCAAACAAGGCUAGUAAGGAUAAUAAAAUAACCAAACAUAUUUUUUUUAGUAUAAUUUAACUAGUUAAUAAAGAGUUUUAAAUUUAACUCAAAAUUAUGGUUAAUAAAAUUAAACGACUGUAGAAUAAACAGUUGUGUUUUCUACACCUCCUAGUUUUUUAACUUUAACCAGUGUUACAAAUUAAUAUUAUCUAAACCCAACCAUCGGAUAAAACUGUCCUUCACAAAUCCCUACUCCUGCUCCAAAUAUUACAUCUGUCAAAAUCUUAUCUUUAAAUACUCAAACCAAAACAUUUAAUUUAGAUGUACAAAAAGAUAAUUUAAACCCUUUACUUAUUCCUGGAAUGCUUUCUUAUACUUCUGAAUUGAAUAAUUAAUAUGCAGUAAUACUUCUUGUGACGCAACCAUUUAAAUUUAGCUAAUACUGUAUUUCAAAUUAAAAAUUAAGCAGACUACUAUUAAUAGAAAAUGAGUAAUAAUAUUUUACUCCUUCAGUUCAUAGUCAUAAAUAAAAUAGAAUUCUUUAAUCUACUAUAUAAAUAAGCUUAAAUUUAUACAUAAUAGACUCUAAAGGAGUAUCCGUGUUUAAAACAAAUAGCAAUUUUUACUAGCUCUCUUCUAUUAUUAACGCACCUCUAUAAUUUGUAAAAGAUUCAGUAUAAAAUAUGUUUGUUGUAUUUUAGAGCUCAAUUAUGAUAAUAAAACCUGCUCUCAAUACUCCCUCUAGCAUUCAAAAUACGACUAUAACUUUACAAUAAAUUUCUGCUUUAACUUAGGUAGCAGAUAUAGUUUAAAUAUAAAAAGUUACAAUAAUAAAUCCAUUAAAUCAAAUGUUUAUUUAACUAAGUAUGAGCGAUGGUUCAUUAAUAACAUUUUUAAUUUCAUAUAGUUAGAUUUGGUUUUAAAACAAAAAUUUAGAUCUUUAACUAGCAUUAUUAUUCACUGUAAAUAGCUCCUCAAACCCUACAGUUAAAUCUCUUUUGACAUACAAUAAUAUUUACUAUAUGCAAUCACAAAAUAUAUUAGUAGUAUAAUAUAAUAAUAAUAUAGAUUACUUAUAAUACAAUAUGAAUUCUCAAUCUUUAAAUUAGUUCCUUACUUUAUACAAUAUUUCUGAUAGUAAUUCUAGAUUUAUUUCAACUUCUUCAGAUAAUUCACUUUACUAAAUAAUGUCAGAUGGUUAAGUUAUAAAGAUAUAUGCUCCUUAAUGCUACAAUUAAAGCUGUUUUAAUACAACCUGCUCAAUAAAAACUAUGCUUAACACCUUACCUGCAAAUAAUUUGUAAGAUAUUUUGCAAAAUACCACAUCAAAUGUAUUAAUUAGACAAGAAUAAAUAUACAACUAAGUGCUUUACUACUCAAAUAUUAUUAAUUAUAUAUCAAACAUAGAAAUAAAAAGAUAUUUUUAUUUUGGAAGUGGCAGUGUUUACAAUAUUAAAUAUAUUCAUUAUGAAUAAAUAGCCUCCUAAUAAUACUUAAUAUAAAACAACAUAACAUUAAGACUCAAUAUUCACACUUUUAACAUAUCUUUACAAUCUAACACUUCAGGAUCUUACUAAAAUUUACCUCCUACUACUAUUUAUGGUGAUUCUCCAAAUUUAUUUGAUAAUUAUUUUCAAGUUUCUUUUAAAAAUAUUUUAUGGAAGGUAAAUUUUGAUAAUUAUUAAGAUCCUACUAAACCACUAUUCUAAAUAGCAAAUAAUAUAUGUGUUUUUGAAAGAUUUAGCGUUUUGACAUACUCCACAUUAAAUACAAAAAAUAUUAAUGACAAUUUCAUUUAAUUCUUGAUUUUAUAAGGUUCUGCAGCCUAUUUUAGAAAUAUAACUAUCUAAAAUAAGAAUUACAAUGGAGCUAAUUAUUAUAUACAGGUCCCUUCAACUGCUUUUAGUCUCACACUUGAAAACAUAACUGUUUAAAAUUGCAAAUUUGAAUCAACUGUUUUUGUUUCUGCCUCAAAUUAAUUAAGUUUAAAUGCUACAAAUAUUUAAUUUUAAAAUAAUUAGAUCACUUUAUCUCAAAAUAAUCCAUAAUUGAGUACUUUCAUCAGUGCAUAAAGUAUUACUCUUUAAGGAUUUUAAUUUUAAUAAAAUGCAAUUUAAUCAGUAAUGCUUUUUGGUAAAACUGACUAGUCUUAGUUUUUUGUUGCAAACAUAAGCAAUAGCUCAAUUACAUAAAACGCAUUUUUUAUUUAUGAGUAUAGUAUUAAUACCUUGAUAUUAUAGGUUGAGUUUUUGCAAACCAUUCUGAGUUCUACUUAUGUUAAUCUUACAUAAAUUACAAUUCAAUAAAAUCAAGUAUUUUAAAAUAAUUAUGAUUAAUCUACUUUUAAUUAAUAUCUUUAAGUCGUGAAUAAUAAUCAAGGUCAAGGUUAAAAACCACCUUUCAAUUAGAUUAAUGAUACGAAUACUUUUAUUAGCACUGCUGUACAGCAACAAUACUUUUUCUUUUAAACUAAAUACAUCUAAUAAGUAUUCAUUCAAAAUGCAAAUAUCUCAGAUAAUAUCAAUAUAGGGUUUUAUUAGAGUUCUUUCCUAAACUUGUUUUAAGCUGACACUUUAAGCUAUAAAAAUACCUGGUUAAAUUAAUCAUAACCUAAUUCUGCAUGCAUAAAAAUUACAGAAUACAAUAAUUUAUAGUUUUCAUUAACUAAAUCUACAUUAGAAAAUUUAUAUAUUUAAAAUGAUUAUCUAAUUUAUCUAAAGACUUCUUAACUUCUAUCAUCAAAUUAAUAAUAAGUUUCUCAGUUUACAAUUGAUGGACUGAGUAUAAAGAACAUUAAAGUAGCAACUCUUAUAGAGUAUAAUUAGGCUUCAAUUAUAUUUUUUAAUAGUUUGUAAAAUACUCAGAUAUCUCUGAAUAAUUUAAAUGUAGCAAACAUCUUGUUAAAAACACCUUUAAAUGUUUUUAAUGAUAUGGCUUCUACUUUGAGCUUGCUGGCUCCUUUUUCAUAAGCAUCAUUAACUAAUUCAUAAUUUCUGAAUUUCUAUACUUAGAGUAAAAAGGAAGUACUAUAUAUGAAUGUUUAAAAUUUAAAAAUGGACACGAAUCACUUUGAAAAUAAUUAAUUUUAAACAAAUGCUCCUUUACUAGGAACUAAUGGAGGCUUUAUGUUAAUUUAGUCUUAAAAUUUAAAUAUGACCAAUAAUUCUUUUUAUAGAGGCACAAGCUACAAUGGAGCAGCGAUAUCUCUCAUUCCAUCAACAUCAAACUCUAAUUUUACUUUUAAAAGUUGUUCAUUUUCUAAUAUGAUAAGUUAAUAAUAUGGUGGAGCAGUUUACAUAAAUAAUCCUCCUGCAAAUACAACUUUUUCUUUCAUCUAAUGCUAAUUCACAUCAUUAUUAGCUAGUGAAGGAGGAUCAAUUUACUCUUAUUAUUUUAUAGAUAAAGGAUUAAAUAAUAAUAGCUCAUAAAUCCCUAAUAUCAUUAUAUAUUCCCUGACUAUUAAUUAAACAUUUGCUAGCAAUUAAGGUAGUUUUUUUUCAUUCUACAAUAUGAAUGUUAGCUUAAGUGACGUUUUAUUAGAUAUAAAUAACCCUUAAAAGCAAAUUAAUAUUUAAUAGUUAAGUUUAUUCUAACAGUUAAGUUAAUUUUAAAGUAUUGGAAGCUUAUUUUCAGUUAUAAAUUCAAUCUUUACUUUAACUAAUUCUUAAUUGAAUUAAAUAUUAACUAAAUCAAACCAAUAAUAAUCCUCUAUCAUUAAUUUAUAAUAACAAUCCUAAGGAUAUAUGAAAAACGUUAACAUUACGUAAGGAAGCUUUUCUAAUGGAGGAGCUUUAUUAGUUGAUACAUAGAGCUAAAUCGAAAUAGAUUUUGUUAAUAUAAGCUAAUUGAGCUACUAACAAUCAAAUUCACUUAGAUAAAUUUAGCAGACUAACACAUCUAGUGUUUAACUUACUUAUAGUUAAUAUCAAUAAUAAACCCUAAGUACUUUUAUAAUACGAGGAUCUUCUUAGUUUAAAAUUUAUUAAUUAACUAUGAACUAAAACUAAUGUAGUAACUUAUUUUGUGUUGGAGGUGCUCUAUCUCUAAUUUAAUCUACUGGUUAAAUGGAUUAAUCAAAUUUUAUAGACAACAUUUCUACGAACAACGGAGGAGCAGUAUCUAUAAUAAAUGAAAUUAGUUAAAUCAAUAUUACUAGCUCACUAUUUUAAAACAAUACAUCCAAAUAAGAAGGAGGAGGUCUUUUUGUUUAUCAGAAUGUUGAUCUAAUUUAAACUAACUAGAAAAUUCUAAUAUAUAAAUCGCGAUUUUUAAAUAAUAAUGCCACGCUAGGUGGUGGCAUAUACUUAAACUCAUUUUCGCUAAGCAAUAAUAUAUAAGCAACUAACUGGAUUUAAAUUUCAAACUCAGUAAUCAUGAAUAAUUCUGCUAGUUUUCUAGGUGGAGGUAUAUAAUAUACAGGAUUUGAUCCACAAAUAUCUUCCUCAACAAGAAUAUCUUCGAACACAGCAGGUUAAAAAUAUGGUAGCAACCUGUUUUCUAGACCUUUUAAGCUACGCUUUAAUUAGAAUUUAACAUAGUAAAGCAAUAAAAAUAAUAUAAAAUAUUAAAUAAAGUAUGACUAGAAUUUAGGAAUAGAAAGGUUAUAAAUCAAAUAGUAGGUGAGUGGUGGUUAACUUCCUGACUUAAUUUUCGAAUUAAUUGAUGAAAAUAACUAGAUAAUUGAUGGUUCAUACUAAUAAAUUAUAAAUUCUUAAAUUUAUGCUUUAGUUCAGCCUUAUGGUAAUAUCAAUAAUUAAAAUGCAUUCUAAAUAUCUAGCAGUUAUUAAAAAAUUAUUUUUUCUGAUUACUUCAAUCUGACUGAUUUAACUAUUACAGGAGUUCCUAAUUCAUAUAUAAGCAUUUAGUUAUCAUCGCCAUUUAUAAAUAAUCCAAAUUAUCCAGAAAAUAAUUACUAUUACAUAAUUGAUAUUCAUUUAAGAGAAUGCAUUAAAGGAGAAGUGUAUAAAAAAGGCUAAGUCAUUUAUCAUGAUCAGAUAUUUUAAAUAUAUCAAUGCUCAGUAUGCCCUAAAGGAUAGUAUUCUCUAAUUCACCCAGAUAUGAAAGAACCCAUAUUUGAGUGUCAAAAAUGUGUUUAAAAUAGUGAUUGCUUAGGAGGAGAUGUAAUAAACGUUAAUGAAGGGUUUUGGAGAGAGAAUAAUUAAACAGAUUAAAUAUUAGAUUGUAUAAAUAAGUAAAGCAAUUGCUUAGGAGGUACUUAAAAUUUUACAUGUAAUGUUGGUCAUAUAGGUCCUCUCUGUGAAUCUUGUGAUAUAUAAAAUGGAUACUCUCGUUAGGGUGAUUUCUAAUGCUCAAAGUGUGGAGAUAUUGUCAACAAUACAUUUAAAGUGUUAGGUUUGGUUGUUUUAUAUAUUAUAUGCGCUAAGCUAAGUGUUGAUGGAGUACUACAAAGGAUUAUGUUUAUCAUCAAAAGGAAAGAUUAAAUAUAAUAAGAAACUGGAACUAAUCAAUUGUUUAUAAAAAAAACUAUUAAGAGAGAAGAAGCAAAUGCAUCCAUUUUGCUCAAACUCAUUAUCAAUUACUUUUAAGUUAUCAUGGUUAUAACAACUUUUUAGAUUAAUGUUCCAAAUGUUUUUAAUAGUUCAAUAAAUGUGAUAGCAAAUCCAACUAUUCAAGUUUUAUAUUCUUUUGAGUGUUUUUUCCACUAAAUUUCAGUUAAAACUGGAAUAAAUAUUAUAUAUAUACAAUUUGCUGCUUCAACGUGCUUACCUAUUUGCUGUGCAUUAGUUUUUAUUAUCACUGGUUUGAUAAAAUACAGAAAAAAUUUAUUUUUAAAAAGAUUUUACAUUUCUACUUCAUUGAUUUACUGCUUGAUGUAUUUCUAGCCAAGUCUUUAUAAAGAUGCUAUUAGUAUUUUAAGCUGUCGCCAGAUAGGAAACAAUAGGUAUAUAUAAUAUAAUGUGUUGUACACAUGCUAUACGGAUGAGCAUAUUUAAUGGUCAUUAUCUUUGAUAUUGCCAAUAUUACUGAUCAUCACUCUCAUAAUACCAGGAUUUAUGAUGUAUAAAGUUUACAAAUCAAAAGACUCCAUACUUUAAAGGAAAAAUUAUAUGUUUAUAAUUGGAGAAUAUGAAAUGAAUGAUAAAAGAAAAGUUUGGUACUGGGAAUUUAUAAAAAUGUAUAUGAAACUUAUAAUUAUGUCUAUUCUUAUCAUAUAUGAAUACUCUAUCCCAAACAAAAUCUUAUUUACUCUUCUAGUAGUUGCUCUGUAUGGAUUUUUCUUGGUUAAAGUCCAUCCUUAUUCAGAAUAGCUAUAUAAUAAGAUUGAUAUUUAUUCAACUUUUGUGUUAACUGCUUCUAUUUACUUAGCUUUCAUUACUUAUGAAAAUAAAGAUAAUUAUUAUUGGUCACUUUGUUCAAUAAUUAUUAUAGGAAUAAUAAAUACGGCCUUUUUAAUUUGGUGUUUUAAAAAGCUAGCUUAUGCUUAUAUUCCUAUAGUUUAAAAGACAUACUUCUAAUUUAAGUUCCUUUGUUUCAAAUUAUCUCCAUUUUAAUGUUUUUAUACUAAAAAAACAGCUAGAAUUUAUAAAUUUCAAAGGGUAGUAACGUUAGUUUUAAACGAACUCAAAAAAAGAAAUAUAAUAAAUGCAUGGACAGGAAAAAUUAAAGUUCCUUUAGAGAAUAUCAUAGAUUUGAUUGUUUAGGGUAGAGAGUAAAUGAAAAAUGGUUCAAAAUUAAAUAUAAAUAGUUCUAUAAAAAUUAGAAGCUAAAAUUAUGUUGUUUCUAAUAAUGAAAUUAAUUUAUUUAGUAAAAAUUAAAUAAAUAAUGAAGAUUAAAUAUAAAAACAUGAAAAAGUAGAUAAAUAAAUAAAAUUCCCUAAAAUACAGGAAUCUGUUAACCUUGAAUUUCCUAGCGAAAAUAUUAUAGCUUUUUAAAAUUAAAAUUAUUCAACAAGCUAAAUGGCUGCUUAAUAAAUUCCUUAAAGCUUUUUUUAAAAUGAAAGUGCUAAAGCAUAUAUAAAUAGGUUAAAAAGCACUUCAAUCAUUUAAGAUUUUGGCACAAAUAGAAAUCUUCUUCUCGAAUUAGCACCUCUUUCAAGUCGUUUUGAAGAUAAUUUUGGAACUUAUAAAAAUUAAUAAUCACCACUUAUGUCUACAAUAUCUAACAUAAAUGAUAAUUUAACAAACUUAAAAUUGUUAAGUCAUAAAGAAAUUCUAUCCCCUAAAGAUUAAACCAAUAUUGAUAGUAUGUAGAUAUAGAAGGAUGAAAUUUUGGAACCUAAUAAAAAUCAGAUUAUAUUAGAAACUCCGAAAGAGUCUGAAAAUGAUACAACAGAUAGCUAAAUACCAAUAGAACAUUUAAAUAAAGCAAAUGAAAAUAAUAAUUUACACUUAUAAAAACUGAGUAGAAGUUUGAUAUUCCAAGAAAUAUAGAGUGAUAUUUAGAAGAAAAGUAAUGUUAUUAAUUAGAAUAUUAUAUAGAGCUAGAUUAAUGAAGAUAUAAAAUAUCAUACUGAAAAUGAUGAUAAUUUAAAAUCUAACAAUAAUUAUUUGAGAAUUUAAAAUUAUAAUAAAAAAGUAUAACACUUAAAGCAGAGUAGGAAUAUUGUAAAUGAAGAUAGUAAAAUCAAAGAAUAAAAUAAUAAUCAAGUUUAAAACUAAAAAUUGGAAGACAGUAAAAAUUAUCUAAAUUUCUAUUAAGAAAAUUUGAUCGUUUCUAAUAAAAGUAACUAUUAUUGUAAGUCAUAAAAAGAAAAGUAAUAAUUGAAUAGUUGA